GAUUUUGCCAUUUUAAUCAUCCCAUUAAACCGGUCAAAUAGAAAAUCAGCCAAUUUUUUAUCUCCUUUGUGUUGCGCAUGUGUACUGACCCAGCUGGUCACUUCGGCUCAAUGGCUGCACUAGGGAAGAACUUUUUCAACUUGGUCGCCCGGGGCACCCUCAGCCUUCCGAGUCACCAUGCAAGGUGUCUUCACGGCUCAGCCCCCAACGAAAAUUCCAUCCAAGCACCAGUGUCGAAGCCGAAGUCUCGCACAAAAUGCACCUUGAUUCCUGGCGAUGGCGUUGGACCUGAGCUCAUGUACUCCAUGACUGAAGUCUUCAAGGCUGCAGGAGUUCCCAUCGACUUUGAGCAGUUCUUCUUCAGCGAAGUGAACCAGCUGAUGAGCGCCCCUCUGGAGGACGUGGCCGCCUCAAUCCGCAAGAACGGCAUCUGCCUUAAGGGCAUCCUCUCCACACCUGACUACAGCCGCACUGGCGAACUGCAGACCCUGAAUAUGAAGCUGCGCAGAGAGCUUGAUCUGUUUGCCAACGUUGUCCACGUUCGGUCGCUGCCGGGUGUCAAGAGCAGGCACACGAACAUUGACACCGUCAUCAUUCGAGAGCAGAUUGAGGGAGAGUAUUCAGCCUUGGAGCACGAGACUGUUAAGGGUGUCGUGGAGUGCUUGAAAAUCGUGACCCAGCGCAACUCUGCCAGAAUCGCAAAGUUUGCCUUUGACUACGCUACCAAGAACAACCGAAAGAAGGUGACAGUGGUGCACAAGGCCAACAUCAUGAAGCUGGGUGACGGCCUCUUUCUGAGGAGUUGCCAGGAAAUUGCCAAGCUGUACCCCAAAAUCAAAUUUGAGUCGAUGAUCGUAGACAACUGCACCAUGCAGAUGGUGUCCAACCCAAGGCAGUUUGACGUGUGCGUUAUGCCAAACCUCUAUGGCAACAUCAUUGAUAACCUGGCGGCCGGUCUGGUUGGCGGAGCUGGUGUCGUGGCUGGCGCCUCCUACAGCUCUAAGUGCGUCGUCUUUGAGCCUGGUGCGAGGCACACCUUCUCUGAGGCUGUGGGCAAGAACGUGGCCAAUCCCACCGCGAUGCUGCUGUGUGGAACCAAAAUGCUGAACCAUGUCAACCUGCAGUAUUACGGAGACAUGAUUCGAGGUGCUGUUGAUCGGGUACUUAAGGCUGGAAAGGUGCGCACCAAGGAUUUGGGAGGUCAAUCGACAACCAAUGAAUUCACCUUUGCGAUCAUCAACAACUUGAAAUAGGACUGUCUCAACUCAAAACACUAAUCCACAAUAAUAAGUAGUCAAUGAUUGUUGGUACUAAGGAAAUUUCUAAGUCAAAAGAAGUGUCUUGCCAGGCGCUCGAACAACCGAAGAAAGUAUUCUACAGUUAAGUUGCAAAUUUUUUUAUUUUAAGCCAUUCAACUCUAGUCCCCUGAUAUGUUAGUACGAAUGAACUUGUUAUCUAUAAAUAAAAGGCUGUUGCUGUUUGGCAGUUAAA